AUGCCUUUUCAAAUAUUCACUGCGAUUACGUUCCAGCUUGAUGUACUUGCUUCUGUUACAAUUACUGCUGCUUCUACUGCAACAGCAACUACUGGUGCUACUGCAGUAAUGAUUGAUGCUACUGUAACUGCUACUGCAGUACUGUUCCAAUUACCAGUGUUCACAGCUAUUGCUGUAACUACUGUUACUCAGUGUGCUGUUUUUUUGAUUUGA